UUCUGCAGCUCAACGGUUUCCAUGGCAGGGAUCAGGGUUACUUCUUUGAUGGAGACUGCAGGGACUUUGAAGGCUUUCACAGCAUCGGGCAUCACAUUGUGUACAACGUUGUGUAUCCUGGAAUUCGUCUUGUUCUGGGGGAAGUGCCUGAUGACCUCUCCCUAGAAGAAAGAGAAGAGCUUUUAAAUAUUCGUCGCAGGAAAAAAGAACUGAUUGAUGAUAUUGAGAGAUUAAAAUUUGAAAUUGCUGAGGUUAUGACAGAAAUUGAUAAUCUGACUAGUGUAGAAGAAAGCAAAACUACACAAAGAAGUAAGCAAAUAGCCAUGGGAAGGAAGAAAUUCAACAUGGACCCUAAGAAGGGAAUACAGUUUCUCAUAGAAAAUGACCUCCUGCAGAACACUGCAGAAGACAUUGCACAGUUCCUUUAUAAAGGAGAAGGAUUAAAUAAAACGGUAAUUGGAGAUUACCUCGGUGAAAGAGAUGAAUUUAAUAUUAAAGUUCUUCAGGCUUUUGUUGAACUCCAUGAGUUCGCUGAUCUCAAUCUUGUACAAGCCUUGAGGCAGUUUCUGUGGAGCUUCAGACUCCCAGGAGAGGCUCAAAAAAUUGAUCGUAUGAUGGAAGCUUUCGCUUCACGCUAUUGCCUUUGUAACCCAGGAGUCUUCCAGUCUACAGAUACAUGCUAUGUGCUUUCAUUUGCGAUCAUUAUGUUAAAUACCAGUCUGCACAACCACAAUGUAAGAGAUAAACCAACAGUGGAGAGGUUUAUUUCUAUGAAUCGUGGAAUUAAUGAAGGUGGAGACCUUCCAGAAGAAUUACUACGGAAUUUAUAUGAAAGUAUUAAGAAUGAGCCGUUUAAAAUUCCAGAGGAUGAUGGAAAUGAUCUAACGCAUACAUUUUUUAAUCCAGAUAGAGAAGGUUGGCUGCUGAAAUUAGGGGGAAGAGUAAAAACGUGGAAAAGGAGAUGGUUCAUUCUGACUGAUAAUUGCCUGUAUUACUUUGAAUACACAACAGACAAAGAACCUAGAGGAAUUAUUCCAUUAGAAAAUCUUAGCAUAAGAGAAGUUGAAGACCCCAGAAAACCAAACUGCUUUGAGCUCUAUAACCCCAGUCAUAAAGGUCAAGUAAUUAAAGCGUGUAAAACUGAAGCUGAUGGUAGAGUGGUGGAAGGCAACCAUGUAGUGUACAGGAUAUCUGCUCCCACCCCAGAGGAGAAGGAAGAGUGGAUUAAAUCUAUCAAAGCAAGUAUCAGCAGGGAUCCCUUUUAUGAUAUGCUGGCAACAAGGAAACGAAGAAUUGCAAAUAAGAAAUAG